CAUCACACCCACUUCACAGUUUUGUUACUGGAUGAUCGUUUUUUGCUAAUUUGCAUUCACCACGGUGCAAUGGCUCUAGAAGUAAUUACCGUUUUAAUAAUACUACCGGCAAGAAGAACAAUUAAUGUUAACAUUAGCAUGUUCAACUAAAAUUAGCGCGCGGUGAUUUAAUUGGUUCGUUGCUGUGCUGAGCAACAAUCGACAAUCAACCUGCUGUACCAAAAUAGGUGUGGCGCCACACUGCCAAAGAAGCUGUCAAAUAGUUUUAUAGAGAAUUUACACUUUUACAAUUAUAAACCGAGGAAUAAUGGUAGUCAAAGUAUACAUAAGUGGCAUUUCCGGCAAUAAAGAGGUGAAGAAACGACAGCAAAGGGUCCUUCUGAUUUUAGAUUCAAAAAAUGUUCAGUACGAAGUAAUUGAUAUAGCGGAGCCGGAAAAUGAAGACAAAAAGGACUUUAUGCAAAACUUUUCCACUUCUUCGGGCGGGACAAUUAGUGAUCCCAACCCCAGACAUCCUUUGCCUCCACAAUUAUUCAAUGAUGAUGAUUAUUGUGGGGACUAUGACCAAUUUGAUAUGGCAAACGAAAUUGAUGAAAUGGAAAAAUUCCUGAAAUUAGAAUCCAGCGAUUCUGCGCCAACUGUAACCUCAAAUGCUGAAAUUAAAUUGGGAAAUGGAGAGAUCCAGUCUGAAGAAACACCACAAAACUUUAACGAAACCAAAGAUGACAAAGAAGAAGAAUCAAAAGACGACAAUGUGCCUGACAAUAACGAAAAUACGAACGAAACUGUAGAAUCCAAAGUCGAAAAUGGGGAUGAAGGGGAAGCUAAAAAUGAGGAAGAAGAUGAAGAAGAAGAGGAUGAAGACGAAUAAUUUUUUUAAUGUCAAAACGUAUUUAUUGUUUCGCGACAUGUUAAUUGGUCUGAAAUGACAUUUUAAGUAUUAUAUUUACGCUAUUAUUCAUGAGGUUAAGGUCUUACUUUAGCUCACGGCGAACAAAGUAUCAAUUGUUACACUUUUACAUUUUAAUGUUAAACCGAUCUGAAUUUUGUAAAUAUAUUACUUCAUUACGCUAUUUAAAGUAUUUCCCAAUAUAUAUCAUCUUUUAAAUA